AUGGAAGGAGUGGGAAUUCGGCUCUGGGUGGAAAGUCCUGUACGUUAUCAGGAGGCGUUUGCGACUAGAGACCUGGAUGAUUGCGUUCUGGAUCAUUCUCUAUAUGCACUUCCAGGCCCACCGUGCUCUGAAAAGCCUGCUACAGAACCAGAAAACAAAGCAAAAGUGCGAGACGAAUUUAAGAUUUUGCUGGAUGUGGUCCAAUUCCGGCCAGAAGACAUAAUAAUUCAGAUCUUUGAAGGAUGGCUCAUAAUCAAAGGAGAGCAUGGACGGAGAAUGGACGAACAUGGGUUCAUCUCAAGAAGUUUUACAAGGUCAUACAAGUUACCCACUGGAAUUCGGACGAAGGACUUGUUUGCUGUCUUCUGUCAUGAUGGGAUUUUGGCUGUUGAAAUUCGCCCAUGA